UUCGCCCACUCAGUUUAGCUACAGCUCUGACUGCGAGCGUGCCGAUCGCGAGCCGCCAGCCACCACCACCAGUCUUCCCGUAGAGUCAGCAGUUUCUUCAAGGCAUUUCCUCGCCUUGUAGUCAGUGAACCCAGCCUGAGCUUAAAACUUAAACCCACAUCGCAUAUGCCCGGACAUUCCCUCUCUGAGAUUUGAAUUCACGAAAGGAGCUAUGAAUCUCCUUCUAAUAUUGACAACGGUUUCGCAGCUGGUGCUAGUGGUACUGGCCCAGAUUCCAUCAUCAAUUGAUAGCCAAGAUGGGGCUGCUGGGAUCCACCUUGUAAUGAAGACGGAAGAGGGUGAUAUCGUACACCUACGUCCGGUUCGUGGGGCUGUGGAGGAGGACUCAGCCGCCACACCCGCCAUCAACGGGAACGGGGACACCCAACGUGUCAGGAACAACCGCAAGGGGAAUAAGUUGCAAGGCUCCAAGAAGCCUCUGGCCGCGGAAAAUGCCAGUGCUUCGCCUCCUCAUUCACAUCCCAAGCACAAGCAAGGACACAAGAAUGCGGACAAGCCACCCCGACAGGGAAACAAGCAGCAGCAGCACGGCCAUCACCAUGGAGCAGGCAAGAAGACGGGAGCCAAACCGAGGACGCAAAAUAAUGCGUCGACUUGUCGCUACGCCAAGAGCGCCUGGUCCAGCUGUGACACCAAGACCAACAUUCGCACGCGAGUCCUGUCGCUGAAGAAGGGAGAGCAGAACUGCUUGCCCACAAGGACCAUACAGAAGAAGUGCAAGAAAGGCUGCCGCUAUGCGAGGGGUGCUUGGUCCACAUGCAACGCCGGACAAAUGACUAGAGAGGACAAGCUCCAAGCAGAGGCAGCCGGCGGCGGCAGUGACCAGAACUGCGAUCCCGUGCGCACCGUCAACAAGAAGUGCAAGGCAAAUGGAGCCGGAAAAUCACACGGACCGACCCGUUCCACAAAGGAUAGAAAGCCCAAGGAGAAAGCUGGUCGUCGCCUUUCGCCUCAUGAUUAAAUAACAGUUGUAAUUAAGCCCAUUUAUGCACUGAAAGCAGAUGCAUUUAAUUUUAUAUAAGUGGUUUUUUAGACUUUAGAACCUACAUUUUUGUAAAAACAAAUCCAAUCCAAACAUGGUUUCAUUCAAAGCUU